AUGGCAGACUACGAGCGACGGCCCAGUGGACACCAUGGGGGCUACAAUAAUCGCAAGCGGCGAUUUAGGGGCGAUGAUGACUAUGAUCGCAGGCCACAGCGUCGGAGAUACGAAGAGCCAUUACACGUAAAGAUUCGAAAACAGCUUUUAAGCAUUGCUGAGUCGCCACUCAAGAGAAAUGAUGAGGAGAUUGCUAGUAUCGCCAAAAUCAUCGUCGAAAAUCACGAAGAUGAGCAAAUUAAAUCUGUAUACCUUGAUCUAAGCAUUCAACUUGUUCUGGAGCAACCUUUGAAAAUCCCUUUUAUUGCCGGUCUUACCCUUGCAACAGACCAACAAAAGCCAGACUUGUCCCAGAAAAUUCUUGAAAGAGCAACUUCGAGACUGCAGGAGUACCUCAACGCAGGUGCCUGGCGGGAAGUCAAGCAUCUGCUUAGAUUCCUAGGAUGCCUCCAGCGGAUCCUCGAGGGAGAUGGUAUAUUUCCAGUAUUUGAGGAACUCUUCGCGCGAGCCGUGGAUUUGCAGACGGCCUCAUCGGAAGACAGCCUCGGGUUAGAGCUAGUCAAAAUCAUUCUCUUAGCACUGCCAUGUGUUAUGGCAAUUAACCCGAACUCAUCAAAAGAUCAAGCACUCGCAAUUCUAGACAAGACUGAGGUGAUCGCGUCCACCCCUCACGUUCUUUACACGCUCGUCAACCCAAUCGCGGUGACCAGUAGUGGAGAGAGUUCAGAACCACUAAGCUUCAUUGCUUUAUUACAAAAGCAACUACAAGCGGAGGCUGACCAGGGAUGGAAGCUGGCUUGUAUUCCCAGACCCUACGUUCCAAUGGAAGGCUUCAACACGGGUGACGAGUCCGUCGCAAAACAUAAGCUACCUGACAUUAUGAUACCAUCGCCUGUCACGGCUGGCACACGUCCUAGAUUACCUGAGAUUUACUUUUCUGUCUAUUCCGAUCAGGAGAUUGAGACCGUGGCGCCAGUCUCCGAUAUAGCCUCAACCCUCGUCCGUGAUUCUCUCAUAGACACCAUAAAUAUCGUGGACUUCAACCGCAACGCCACAGCUAAAUUUCUGAUUGACGUCGAUUGCUACUUCGCUCCCGAUACGUUUGUCAAACGAGCCACGCAGUUCGACAAGUUACGCAACUUGGAUCAAGGCAGUACGACAUGGAAACCUGAAGAUGUGGUGGUUGACGCUGUUUUCUCGCAACUGCUCCAGCUUCCAUCAUCAGAGCACAAGCUUGUGUAUUAUCAUUCUGUUCUUACCGAGGCUUGCAAAAUUGCUCCCGCUGCUAUUGCUCCGAGUCUCGGACGGGCUAUACGAUGGCUCUACCAAAACGUGGAUUUCUUAGACCUCGAAUUAGUGUAUCGCUUUAUGGACUGGUUCUCUCAUCACCUCAGUAACUUCGGCUUCACGUGGAAAUGGACGGAAUGGGUGGAUGAUGUGGCUCUUACCGCUGUGCAUCCAAAGAAGGCUUUCAUUACAGGGGCUCUUGAAAAAGAGAUCCGCUUGAGUUUUGCUGCCCGCAUUCGUGGUACCUUGCCUGAGCCAUAUCGACCUCUCAUAAGCGAAGCUCAAGAAGAGGACACUCCUCCCUUUAAAUACCAAGAUGAUCAAACGCCAUACGCUGAACAAGGCCGCCAACUGCUUCAGCUUCUCAAAAAGAAGGCACCCGGCAAUGAGGUGCAAGCUGCACUCGACAGCAUUCAAGAGACGGCAUCUUCGCUCAAGGUUGAGGACCCACUUGUGCCUUCAACAGAUGCGUACACAACUGUGAUCUGCUACCUCGGCAGCAAGUCUCUUUCGCAUGUCCUCUCCCAGAUAGAGCGCUGUAAGGAGCACUUCCUCGCUAUUGGCCCUCAAUCGGAAAGCGCUCGUCGGCAGAUUAUCACCAGUGUCAUGGAUUAUUGGCAUGACAAGCCUGGUGUUGGGGUCUCCAUCAUAGAUAAGCUACUCAACUACACAAUCCUUACCCCCCAAAGCGUCGUCCAAUGGGCGUUACACGACCAGCUGGGCAAGGGCAAGAUACUAGCAAAGGCCCAUGUCUACGAGAUGAUCGCUUCCACACUAGCAAAAGUCACCGGCCGCGUCCGCCAGAUCCUUAUUGCACGAAACGCUCCUGACCUCACCGACGAGCAGCGUGCCAUCCUGGACACGACCUUAACAAAUGAAAGAGAGGAGAUGAGCAAGCUACUUGCGCUCACUGAAGAUGCUCUAGUUGGCGUUGCAGAAGGUAGCAACGACGCUAUGGCUGAGGGCGCCAAUCAGGAUAUGGAGGAGGAGCAGUUAAUGAGAGAGUGGGGCCAAAGGUGGCUCAGGGUUGUAAGAAGAAAGAGAGCGGUUGAGGAAGCCACAGUGAUAGAGCUGCUACAGCAAGCUCAGAGCCAGAUGGAAGGUGUUGAGAAUGGUGUUGUUAACGGCGUGCAGCAGAAUGGUGAUGACUUGGAGGAUCAACUGCCAGAGCAGAAUGGGGUGGAGGAUUUCGACCAGAUUACGUGA